AAAAAAAAUUCGUGCAGAUCAUAUUAUCGAAAUGGUCCAUUAUUCCAAAUCUACAUAGAAAAGCGUUAUUCUUCUCGUCUACCAUCUUCCCCUUGGACAACUAUUCCCUUCUUCAAAUUUCAAUCCAAUCUCACUUUCUUUCUCCUCCUCCAUAAUCAUCUCCCAAUUCCCAACCCUCAAAAAUCAAGAUGAUGCACAUGACUUUUUACUGGGGUACUAAAGUGAUCCUUCUAUUUGAUUUCUGGAAGACCGAGUCAUGGCUGAGUUACUCACUCGCUCUUCUCUUCUGCAUCCUCUUCUCCGCCUUUUACCAAUACAUGGAAGAUCGACGACUCAGCAUCUUAGCAAUGGGUAUCGUGCCACCAUCUCAGCCGUCGAUUAAUUCCCCUCUUUUACCUCCUCGACUCGGAACUCGCUUGACUAAAUCGGCACGAUUUGCAACAGCCGUGUUGUUUGGAGUUAACUCAGCGAUUGGGUAUGUUUUGAUGUUGGCUGUUAUGUCGUAUAAUGGGGGUGUGUUAUGCGCUGUCGUUUUGGGGUUGGGUGUUGGUUAUUUCUUGUUUCGUGCUAAGGAAUAUGAGGCUUUGGUUGUUGAAGAUGCUUGUGCUUGUUCUUGAUUAUUCAUCUCUCACACGCACUUUGAGAUUGUUGUAAUUUUAGUUUGAAUGAAUGAAUAUGCUGAUUUUACUUGUAAUUUUAUAUUCAUAGUUUUUGUAUUUUCUUGAGUGAAUUGAUUUCAUCGAUAUAUAAUGGAAUUCAGUAUAAUAUUGACUAUAUGUUA